GACCCUGGUAGAGCCGCUCCUGGGAGUCACCAUCAGUGGUCGAUGUAGGGCUGUCUGUGGGGACGUCUAUUGGAGGGUCGACCACCGUGGUGUCGUCAUAGGGGCUCAUGGAGGGUCCAGUAACCGGGGGAAUCCCUGAGGGAUGGUUCUGUGGCCGGGAUAAAAGUCUGAAUUUCCACGUCCGAGGCCAUUGUUCUUUGCCGGAAACCAGCGGAUUGCUCCUUCUGAACUGGAGGUGUUUGAUGCCUGCUGCCAGAAACUGGGUGAACAGGUGCAGCACCUACCUGUGGCCCCUGGCUGGGUGUGGGUCAAGGAGGGGUCAUCUUCAGCAGGAUGGCCCCUGGUUCGAGCCAGAUGUGGCCCGCUGAUAGCAUCCCUGCGCCUCUGGACAGCUUUUUAUCUUGUUGCUGUCUGAGUGAAGAACAGGGUCGGUUACUGGUUUGGAGCCUCUGAGUCUCGGCCCCUUUGAACGCCGUCCUGAGGUCCGUUUGCGCCGAGCGUCUCGGUAAAUGAGACCUGAACAUGCUGACCACCAAUCAGAGGAUCACACUGACUGUGACAAGGAGCACGUUUGGGUGGGAGGCUGCUGUACGUCACAGCGUCUUAACUGAGCAUCCAGACAUCUGUGGCAGCAUCACGGAAAAAACAGGUAAUUGCCAUUUGUGGUGACUGAUCAACAUGAGAUACAGUGAAGGAUUUGGGAUACAUUGAGCUCUGACCUGUUGUUCACGACUAACCAAAUUGACCACUAGGUCUCCUUUUCCACCUCUAUCAGAGGGCCUCAGUUUCAGACGAUGGACAGAUACAAGACUAUCUUAACAACAGAGACAGCAAAGAGAAUGCCAACCAACCUCCAACAACGUUUCUUUCUCUACUCCAGUGAAGCUGAAGCUGGCUGGAACACAAACAUUAACGCUAACCCCGGUGCAGAGUAUCAGAGCUACGUGGAGCUGAACGAGCUGAUGAAGGACCAGAAGCAGGAGACCUACUGGCAGGAGACGGGCCGAUGGGCCGGAUACGAGGAGAGCUACGACCCCCAGGCAGGGGUGUGGGGGUCCUCACAUGUCUCCUACCUCACCUUCAAGAGCCUCAUCCAGCUCCGACGCAGCAUGAACACAGGUGUGACGCUUUUCGACUGUGAAGAGAAGACCCUGGCCACCAUCGCAGAGAAGAUGGUCAGCGAGAUGGUUAAUAAGAAGGAGAUCAGGCCAGGAGACCGGGAAGAAGUGCUUAAAGCUCUGCUCCAAAACCGCAGCCAAUCAUCAGACCCAGAGAGCCAAACUCUGACUGACAAGGUGGACCUGCACAAGUUUUCAGUCAAAGAAAGAAGAGAUGAAUCUAGCCGUGUUGAGGCCUCCAUGGUGCUUGUAGGAGCCUUGGACUUUCUGGAGAGGGCCACAGUUGUUUUUGUGCGUCUGAAGGAAGCAGCGGUGCUCGACUCAGCCCUCGAGGCCCCGGUACCUGUUCGCUUCGUCUUUGUUCUGGUUGGACCGAACAAGGCUGACAUAGACUACCAUGAGACUGGCCGUGCCAUGGCAGCGCUGUUGGCUGAUAAAGUGUUCAAUCAGGCAGCUCUUCAGGCAAAGAGCGCUCGAGAGCUGACGGACGCUGUGGGCGACUUCAUGGACUGCAGCAUUGUCAUCCCGCCCACAGAGAUCCAGAAUGAAGCCAUGCUCAGCUCCAUCAUCAGCUUUCAGAAGAAGUUACUGGCCGACAGAUUCCAGUCCUCCGACACCACGGUCCAGCUGGACUCCAAACCUCGUAGGGUUUCCAUCUCUAGCGGGCCUCCUCCUGAAGAUCCUCUUGCUCGUACUGGUCGACCUUUCGGUGGGAUGAUGCGAGACAUAAAGAGACGCUACCAAUACUACAAGAGCGACAUCACUGAUGCCCUCAAUGCCCAGGUCCUCGCUGCCAUCAUCUUCAUCUACUUUGCUGCCCUGUCUCCCGCCAUCACCUUUGGAGGACUGCUGGCUGAUAAGGUGGAGAACAUGAUGGGUGUUCCAGAGCUGCUCAUUUCCACCAGCAUUCAGGGAAUCAUCUUCUGCUUCGUUGCUGCUCAGCCCGUCCUGGUCAUCGGUUUCUCUGGUCCUCUGCUAGUGUUCGAGGAAGCCUUCUUUGCAUUCUGCAAGUCCCAGGAAAUUGAGUACAUUGUGGGCAGAGUGUGGGUCGGAGUGUGGCUUGUCAUCAUUGUGGUGAUCAUUGUGGCCUGUGAGGGCAGCUUCCUGGUGCGCUUCAUCUCACGCUUCACCCAGGAGAUCUUCUCCAUCCUCAUCUCCCUCAUCUUCAUCUAUGAAACUUUUGCCAAGCUGGGGAGGACCUUCAAGUCACAUCCGCUGAUUCUAAACUACGAUCACCUGAAUGCAAGUUUGGAAAAUCCCUGGCAAUCAAAGGUGGAAGAGACCAUCAUCUACGACAACGUCACCGGCAACACAACUGUUAUUAUCAGCACUAUUAAGUCACCUUACCCCAACACAGCGCUGCUCUCCAUGUGCCUCAUGUUAGGCUGCUUCUUCAUUGCUUACUUCCUGCGGCAGUUCAAGAACGGGACGUUUCUUCCUGGAAAGGUCAGGCGUUUGCUUGGUGACUUCGGUGUGCCCAUCGCCAUUUUCCUCAUGAUUGUUGUGGACUACAACGUUAAUGAUACCUACACUCAGAAACUGGUGGUUCCCAAAGGUCUGAUGGUGUCCAACCCAGCCAAAAGAGGCUGGCUCAUCAACCCCUUUGGAGAGCACAAGCCUUUCCCCGUGUGGCUGAUGUUUGCCUGCUGCGUCCCGGCCCUGCUCGUCUUCAUCCUCAUCUUUCUGGAGUCUCAGAUCACAACACUGAUUAUAAGUAAACCCGAGAGGAAGAUGGUCAAAGGAUCCGGGUUCCACUUUGACUUGCUGGUUUUAGUUGGCAUGGGAGGGCUGAGUGCAAUAUUUGGAGUGCCGUGGCUCAGUGCUGCCACUGUGCGAUCUGUCACUCACGCCAACGCCCUCACUGUCAUGAGCAAAGGACCGAAACCUGUGAUCGAGAAAGUGUUGGAGCAGAGGAUCAGCGGCGUUGUGGUGGCCUUGCUUGUUGGUCUGUCAAUUCUGAUGGAGCCGAUCCUAAAGAUGAUUCCCAUGUCAGCCUUGUUUGGGAUCUUCCUCUACAUGGGAGUCACGUCACUGAACGGCAUCCAGCUGUGGGAUCGUAUGCUGCUUCUUCUCAUCCCUAAGAAAUAUCACCCUGAUGAACCCUAUGCCACCAGAGUGAGCACAGGGCGAAUGCAUCUGUUCACCGCCAUCCAGAUAGUGUGUCUUGCACUUUUGUGGAUUGUGAAAUCCAGUCCAAUAUCACUCGCACUUCCCUUCAUUCUCAUCCUCACCAUCCCUCUGCGAAUGUGUAUGACCGGACGUCUCUUCACUGAGCUGGAAAUGAAAUGUUUGGAUGCUGACGAUGCCAAAGUGACCUUUGAGGAGGAGCCUGGGCAGGACGUAUACUGUGAAUCUCAGAUGCCAUUGUAGACGUUUUCCAUGACAGCUGCCAUUUUUUUAUUUUGACAAAAAGAUGUUUAUUUAAUAUGUAGCUCAAAUAAUGUUUAAUUUGUCUAUGAGCUCAAACAUAUCUGAAGUGUUUUUUUUGAGAUACAGGUGCAGAUACAGAUUCUAUCUUUCUCGUGUCAACAUUAAUAUCUUGUAAAAAGCUGUCUUUGUCAAACAUUCCUGAAGAAUUUUCCACUGUCACUCAGGUAAAUUCUUUGUAUUGCUGAAGCUGGAAACAUUCUCAUUUUUAUGCUUUUACAAGGAAGUCAUAAAAAACUCUAAUGCUUUUUAAAGUAUGUAGAAUAGGUGCUCACAUGUGAAAUUUAAAAAAAAAAAAAAUCAAUCAUUCCAGCUCUCCAGAACUGGAAAGCUUGAAUGGGAGGUGAAAAAUAACAGCAAUAAGAGCAUUAACUGUAUGUUUUUCCAAGCAACCGCACACUGAAUGUAAUGUUGUAAUAAGUUAUUGUUGCUUGCUGGGAGCAAAAGCCAGAAUCUGAAUGAAUAUUAUGUGAUUUGUGAGGCAUUGAUGCAAUCUAAAGUGCAAGUGAUUUAGCAAGAAAGAUCAAACUGGUAACACUGGAGACCAAAAUGACAACACCGCUGUGUGGCAGUGAAGGUAGAGACAAAAUGUUGUUUGUUGUUAAAAAUCAUAUUGUGUGUUGUGUUGCUGUCUUUUUGUCAUCUCUCUCUGUAUAAUAAAAACUACCUUCAAUAAGA